GGUCAAUCGCUGGAUUAUCACUGCUCUUGCUAAGGACUUAGACAACACUAUCCCAUACACAACAUUUUGUAGUACUCGUUGACUUUUUCUACACCUGACUUUUAUUUUGGGAGUGGGGGAUUAUUAGGUGGAAAGUAAGAGUGGAAGACCUCAUGUUUGCCUUUUUUGACGUUGCAAAGUUUUGGAAUAAGAAUUAUGGUGCAUGACUUUGUAGCCUGCAUGGCCAUGGGAUUCUGACUGUCCCGGGUGCAGAGUGUUGAAUGAGGGGUCUGGCUGGGAAGUGAGUGCAGGGGUGACCGGCGGACCGAAGGACGGGUGGGCUUUGUGCUCGCCUGCUGUGACAGGGUCUGCAGCUCUUGACCAGCAGCCCUCAUGCCACUCAUCAACAACAAAGUGGGUGACGAUGGCACUACCAGCUCACCAAAGACUCUGGAAGAGGGGAAGGCUCUUAUCAACUCACUCAUAAAGGUGAGAUGCUCAGGUUGACAAUCAUGGUUUUGUCGAGUUAUGGUUUUGUCUAUAAAGUACUUGUUCAAAGAAUCUGUCCUCCAUUCUUCUCACAAAGGGGUUAGUCAGUCCACUUAUCUUCUGAUUAAAUGAGGAUGAUAGACUAUACUUCUGGAAAAGUUAACGUGUAACAAAGCUUAGAGCAUAUACUAUCAUUUGAAUGGUUUGUUCUGUUGUGCUCAUAUUUAUUAAGAUAUCAAGAUAUCUUAGCCUACUAUGUAUAUAUAAAUAUUCAAUAUUUUAUUGCAGAUAGUUCUUAAAUAUGCAGAAAUCUAUUAUCCUAAACUAUGACCCUUACUGUAUCUGCUUUAGGUGAAUUUGUCGGAGGUGAAAAUUAGAUUCUAGUUCUGUUAAAUUGAAAUUGAAAGACUGAAUAUGCCAAAUGAUUUACUGUAAUAUUCCAAAUAAACACUGAGCAUAUGGUAAACAAUGCAAAUAUCAAUUAUGUGAGUAUUCCAUAUUAGUCUGUAAAUAUAUAUGAAGGUAUUAAUGCAAUCCGUGUAUCACAUAACACCCUGAGUUCACUGAGCACAGAUUAUUGUCAGCCUAACGUGGCUAUGUUAAGAGCUGAAACCAGGCCAAUGAGUUCUAAAUACAUUUUCCAUCCAUAGGGCAUAGGACAUCUUACCUUUUUCAUAAUACCUGAACAUAUUGCAUUGUUAAACUAGAUCAUUUUUUCCAGAAUGGUCUAAUUUAAAGGAUGAAAUAAACAUUAAAUAAUCUGCAAGUUUUCAUUUGAUCUAUUUUACUAUAAAAACAAGGAAUCUUAGUUACUGAUCCUCCCAUGACCCAUGCACCACUUCCUUACAAAGCUGCUGUUAUAGUAGACCUGGUAAUGCACUGAACCAUUAGGCCAUUUCUUUUCAGUGAAAGUGCUUUUUUACCCAAAGGGUUUUUUAUUGUCUUGGGCAUAGUUAGUAGUAAGUGCCUGACAUCCUUACACAAGAAGUACAAAAGGACAGCCAGCAUGGCACUGGGACUACGAAAUGAUAUCAACAUAUGUUCUCUUAAAAGGUCCAAUGCAGGCAUUUUAUCUCAAUAUCAAAUUAUUUCUGGGUAAGAAUGAAGUAACUUACUGUGAUUGUUUUCAAUUAAAAUAGUCAAAAAGAAAAAAAAAUUGCUUCUUAGCAAAGAGCAAUAUCUCAAGCAAGAAUUUUGCUAGGACUGUCUGGGAUUGUUAUUGGCAGGGAGGUUUGGAACUCGCUUUCGUAUUGGUCUACCUACUGGGCACACACUGGUUGAAUCAACGUUGUUUCCACGUCAUUUCAAUGAAAUAACGUUGAACCAACGUGGAAUAGACGUUGAAUUGACGUCUGUGUCCAGUGGGUAUUAACUAAUUUACCGCAUAGUGAUGUCACCAGGGAAGGUUAAAAACUCCAUCCCACCAAAACAGGCUGACAUUUCAGGUGCACUUUCAAACAGCUCUUACACUAAAAGGGCAUUAUCAUCAUUUUCACAAUUUCACAGUAUUAUUCCAACCUAAUAGUGUGGAAAUAUACAUAAAACACAGGGAAAAUCAAGUUUCUGACUGCACUGGGCCUUUAAGUCAGUGCAUUCGGAAAGUAUUCAGACCCCUUCCCUUUGUACACAUUUUGUUACGUUACAGCCUUAUUCUAAAAUGGAUUAAAUAAUACACACAAUACCCCAUAAUGACCAAGCCAAAACAGGUUUUUAGAUUUUUUUGCAAAUGUAUUAAAAAUAAAGACCCUUUGCUAUGAGACUCGAAAUUGAGCUCAGCUCAUUGAUCAUUACAUUUUAGUCAUUUAGCAGACGCUCUUAUCCAGAGCGACUUACAGUUAGUGAGUAAAUACAUUUUUUUUUUUUCAUACUGGAAUCGAACCCACAACCCUGGCGUUGCAAAUGCCAUGCUCUACCAACUGAGCUACAUCCCUGCCGGCCAUUCCCUCCCCUACCCUGGGCCAAUUGUGCGCCGCCCCAUGGGUCUCCCGGUCGCGGCCGGCUACGACAGAGCCUGAAUUCAAACCAGGAUCUCUAGUGGCACAGCUAGCACUGCGAUGCAGUGCCUUAAGCCACUGCGCCACAUCCUUGAGAUGUUUCUACAACUUGAUUGGAGUCCACCUGUGGUAAAUUCAAUUGAUUGGACAUGAUAUGGAAAGGCAAACACCUGUCUAUAUAAGGUCCCACAGUUGACAGUGCAUGUCAGAGCAAAAACCAAACCAUGAGGUCGAAGGAAUUGUCCGUAGAGCUCCGAGACAGGAUUGUGUCGAGGCACAGAUCUGGGGAAGGGUACCAAAAAAUUUCUGCAGCAUUGAAGGUCCCCAAGAACACAGUGGCCUCUGUCAUUCUUAAAUGGAAGAAGUUUGGAACCACCAAGACUCUUCUUAGAGCUGGCCACUUGGCCAAACAGAGCAAUCGGGGGAGAAGGGCCUUGGUCAGGGAGCUGACCAAGAACCCGAUGGUCACUCUAACAGAGCUCCAGAGUUCCUCUGUGGAGAUGGGAAAACCUUCCAGAAGGUCAACCAUCUCUGCAGCACUCCACCAAUCAGGCUUUUAUGGUAGAGUGGCCAGACGGAAGCCACUCCUCAGUAAAAGGCACAUGACAUUCCGCUUGGAGUUUGCCAAAAGGCAAAUAAAGGACUCUCAGACCAUGAGAAACAAGAUUCUCUGAUCUGAUGAAACCAAGAUUGAACUCUUUGGCCUGAAUGCCAAGCGUCAUGUCUGGAGGAAACCUGGCACCAUCCCUACAGUGAAGCAUGGUGGUGGCAGCAUCAUGCUGUGGGGAUGUUUUUCAGCGGCAGGGACUGGGAGACUAGUCAGGAUCGAGGGAAAGAUGGACGGAGCAAAGUACAGAGAGAUCCUUGAUGAAAACCUGCUCCAGAACACUCAGGACCUCAGACUGGGGCGAAGGUUCAACUUCCAACAGGACAACGACCCUAAGCACACAGCCAAGACAACGCAGAAGUGGCUUCGGGACAAGUCUCUGAAUGUCCUUGAGAGGCCCAGCCAGAGCCCGGACUUGAACCCGAUCGAACAUCUCUGGAGAGACCUGAAAAUAGCUGUGCAGUGACGCUCCCCAUCCAACCUGACAGAGCUUGAGAGGAUCUGCAGAGAAGAAUGGGAGAAACUCCCCAAAUACAGGUGUGCCAAGCUUGUAGCGUCAUACCCAAGAAGACUCGGGGCUGUAAUCUCUGCCAAAGGUGCUUGAACAAAGUACUAAGUAAAGGGGCUGAAUACUUAUGUAAAUAGGAUAUUUCCGUUGGUAAUUUUUUAUACAUUUGCAAAAAUAUAUAAAAACCUGUUUUUGCUUCGUCAUCAUGGGGUAUUGUGUGUAGAUUGAUGAGGGGGGGAAAACGGUUUAAUCAAUUUUAGAAUAAGGCUGUAACGUAACAAAAUGUGGAAAACGUCAAGGAUUCUGAAUACUUUCCGAAUGCACUGUAGCAUAUCAUAAUCAAAAUGUCAAGAUAUUGAUACUGAUAAUGAAUAUGACUGUGAGUGAUUGAAGAGUGGACAUUGUGCCAGAAAUGCACUGUGUGGUAGUAGGUUGACCUUUGCUGCACACCUGCAACUCUCCCAUGCACUCACUGCCUGUAAUAUCUCCAAUCCGGCUCUACCUUAAAGGUUCUUAUGAUGACUAGGCAAGCCCCUAUACAAGGUCCUUAGGCUUAUCCAAAAAUAGAUAUAUGUCAAUCAGAUUAUUAGUCAUAGUUGUCAUGUAAACCAAUCUGUCAGGCUAAGCUCUGAAGGCCUAUUAAUAACCACUCCUAUGAUUUGAAUCAAUGAAACUGUCAUACUUUGUUGAAAUUUGUCUAACCUAGUGUCGGGCUCAGAGCUAGUUAGGAGAUUCUGAUUUUCAGAGCAACAUUAGGUUACUAAUAAUUACCUCAAAGAGUAGUUGUAACUUUCUAAGUACCAUUGCACCCUAGCAUCCUUUGGUUAUCACAAAUAGUAGAGCCAUUGCACCUCCUGAUGGCCAAAAGGGAAAUUACAAUAUUCAUGCAAAGUAGCUUGGCCACUGCCUAUAUUAUUUUAACAGGUUUGAAUGAGAAUAGUUGCUGAACCAAUGAUUGUUGUUUACAUAGUCCUCUCAAAUAUGCCAAAUUACUGGAACUUUGUGCUGAGGACCACAACAAAUGAACAAUCAAGUUCCAGGCAUUUCUACUGGCCUAAAGGUGCUAAUACAGCUCAGUAAAAAACCACAGACAUGACAGUAUACAGUCAAAUUACUUAAUGUGUUUAAAGCCACAGUUCAGAAUGUGUGUUUUAACUCAAUGGCAGCCCAGCCUCUAAAGCUGAAAGGGAUGAGGUUGGAGAAAUAUAUGUGGCAUGGCCUCAUCUAUUAAUUUCUGCUACAUGCCUUUGCCAAUCUUAAACAUCAUGUUGGUCAGACAACGAACAUACAACUUAUGUGUGGCACAGUAUUAGAAUAAGGUGCUACGCUUUACUGGGCUGGCUACUUUUUUUAGUUGCAACCAGAGAAGAUAUACAUACAGCUUGUUUCUGGUUCUAAACUGAAACCCUCGUACAUUUUUACACAAUCCACCACUGUCUUUUGUAAUUUCACCCACACCACAAACUGAUGCAGUUUGUAAAUACAUACAUUUAACCUAAGACCAUAUGCAGACCAGUGGUGUUUACAAAACACAGCACAUUUUCCAUGAAGGACUUGCAGUUCCAUGGCUUGUCUCCUGACCUACAGACACAAUGGAAACAAGUAUUUUGACUAUAUUGUGUUUAUAUCCUUGACGACAGAUUUUGGUAUAUGUAUCUGUUGCCGGGUGUAACAUUUUAAUGUAUUUUAAAUUGUCAAAUCUAAUCAGCAGAUCUAAGCAAAGACAAUAAUUCAUCCCCAUUGUGGCUCUCCGCCUCCUACAGUCCUACAAUUGUUUCUAGUACACAUAAUCUAUUUUCACAGAUCUAGAUGUUACAAUACAAAUACUGUAUAUUGUGUCUAAUCAGUCAACCCUUUUCACACUACUGAGUCUUGGGUGAUCUGUACUGCACUCACUGGCCUGGUUACACAUCCACCAUAGUUUCUGGAACAAUGAUGAUAAGAUGAGAUAUGUAAAAAUAAAAUAUCCAAUGUCAGCACAGUGCGAUUGGGACUGGCACAAUAGUAUGAAAAUGAUAUUACAGUAUGCAAUGUUUCGUUUUUACUUGAGUGACCUGUAAAUCAUUUUUGUUCCCCUCAUGUCCAACAGGUGGUGGCAUGUUACCACCACCUCGCCUCGUGUGUGGGUGGGUGCACGGACAGCUUGCACCUGCGCGAUGAGCUGCGGCUAACACGGGAGAAGGCCCAGAAGUUAGCGGUGGCCAGCCGUCACCACCUCACGGCACGACUACGAGAUAAGACACUUCCCCAGGAGGAGAGACAGGAGAUGGAACUGCUCUGGGUGGCCUUUACCUCCAGCCUGGAACUCCUCCAUGCAGACAUGUGCAAAGUCUUCAACAUGGGUUCCAACUUCUCCCUGGUCAAUAACAACACCUUAGUGCAGACUGGCAUACAAGGUUAGCAAGUGCCACAGUCAGAUGGGCAGUGAUUCAUAUUGUUUUCCACACAAACCAAUUCUAAACUGCAGUUAAUAAAAACCCACCGGCCGCUGACUCUUUAGCUCUAUAGCAGGGGUAUUCAAAUCUUACCCUACGAGGUCCGAAGUACUGCUGGUUUUUGGUUCUACCUGAUCAUUAAUUGCACCCACCUAUUGUCCCAGGUCUAAAUCAGUCCCUGAUUAGAGAGGAAGAAUGAAAAAAAUUCAGUAGAACUGGCUUUGAGGUCCAUAUUUGAAUGAGUCUACAUCCAUAUAGUCUACAUCAUAGUCUGGGCAUCCACAAGCUGUGGUAACCUUAUUAUCAUUCAUGGCUAGCUCUUCUUCUCACAUGUCUCUUCUCCCACUUUCCAGGGGAAACCAGCGAGGUGGCAGCACGGGCCCUCAGCCUGGCAGACCUGACCCGCGCCGAGGACCAGGUUCCCGCCAACCUAGAGGAUCUGGAGCAGAGCCAGCUGGAGGAGGAGAUUGCCCAUGUGGACAUCAUGCUGGAGGACAUGGAGGAGAAGGUCAACGUCCUGCGCUGGAUGGUGGAGGCCCGCGGGCCCCAGUACGCCGACCCGGCCAGCACGGACAGCGCCUCAUUGGGCCUCUUCUCCACGGACGAGGAGGCAGGUCCCCAAAGCCAGCAGUGUUGCGAGCGCAGCCAGGUUUUCAUGGUGCUGGUGCUGUGUGGUGUGGCAGUGGUGAUGGUCGUGCUGUCCGUCUGCGUGGUCUAUCUCUCAUGAGGAGGCUUGUCACCAGUGGAUUUCACCCAGGUUUCGUUGAGCCGCUAAAAGCAGUAGGACCUUAUGUUGCCAUAAAUUCCAUCCUCAUGUCAAUUGAUAUCAGAACAAAUGGUUGUUGGAAGAAACUGGUGUUGUUGAAAUGUCAGGGUACUUUACGUAUUUCUUUAUUUGAAUAAGAGCCACAUUUAGAAUGAAUACACUCCAGGUUACGUAGUUUGAUGCUCCCAUUUCUGUUAGAAAGUCAAUAUCAAACACAUUCAAAAAGAGUUAGAUGCCCUGUGCAAUAUAGUUUAGCUAAUGUUAUAUAUGUAUUUUAGUGGAAUGAAAUCGAACAAUUUAUGCUCUUUACUAAUGUAUGCUGACUACUGUAUGUGAUAGUAAGGUUAAUUCAUUUUUAUUGAAAUGCAUUGGACAUAAUCUGUUUAUACAACUUGACAGUGGUUGACAAAGCACACCCACCACAUUUAGGUUCAUCUUGUAAUUGACACUGAAGGUGUUUGUGCUGCCAGAUUACAAUGAAGAUCUUUGCAUGUGAAUGCAAUGUGUGCGAGCAUAUCAGUUUGCUGACCUCUUGUGAAUAUUACAUUCUAAUGAAGAAUUUCAUGUGAAUAUUCUCAAUAUUGUGGCAUCCAUGUCACUUCAACCAAAGGUAAGCUUACUGCAUCACUGACAUUGUGUCCAGGCUUUGGCAAUACAGUAAUUAUUGCAGGAAUAUGUAUUCUAUCACUUGUGUAGUUUUCUGUUUAUAUUCUGUCUUCAGAGUCCUCCCUAACCCAAAUACCAGAAACCUGACCCGGGUCUGGAACGGGUUCCACAUUAAAUCAAAUGGAAGAAGUGUUUCUGUGUCCCCAGCUUCAGAUUCAGGCUAGCAGUCAUGCCAGCAAUGCAAGCAAACAUGGAGACUUUUCUACUCAAGGCAUAUGAAAAAUACAAACAUUGUAAGUGACAUACAGUAGCUGAGAAUGUGUUGCCUAAACACAGUGGACGUCUGUGCACAAUUUCAUAUAUUACCAAGGAUACACAGGGCCGGACUACCACAUUUGGGGCCCCAGGGCACUGACCAGAUUUUUAGUGUUGAAAAUGUUUUCAGUUUUAUAGCUAAUGCUAUUGUAGACAUUUUGUCAUGAGGCUAAGAGAAAAUGUUGCUGUUUUAAAGCUAAUUUCCUGCUAUUCUACACAUUU